UGAUCGGCUCUUUGACAAGUGGGGAUCACUCGGGUUGUGCGAUCUCGCCAAAUCCCCCAAAUAACCAUGGGGUCUUCAGGUUCGAAGGAGUCUUCCAGACUUGAUGAACUGAAAAAAGAACUGGACUUGGACGUUCAUAAGAUCACGGUCUCGGAGCUUUGUCAAAGACUUGGCACCAAUGUGGAAACCGGUCUGACUGAGACCCAGGCCACCGCCAAUUUCGAACGCGAUGGUCCAAACGCCCUCACUCCCCCGCCCACUACGCCCGAAUGGGUCAAGUUUUGUCAGAAUCUCUUUGGAGGCUUUGCUCUUCUUCUUUGGUUGGGUGCCAUCCUCUGUUUUUUAGCCUAUUCCAUCCAGGCGUCAACCUUUGAGGAACCGCCCGAUGAUAACCUCUACUUGGGGGUGGUAUUGACGGGCGUUGUGGUUAUCACGGGGAUAUUUUCGUAUUACCAAGAAUCUAAAUCCUCGAAAAUAAUGGAAUCCUUUAAAAACAUGGUCCCUCAGUAUGCUCUCUGUCGACGCGGAGGCGUCAAACUCAAUCUGAAAGCCGAAGAGUUGACGGUGGGUGAUGUGGUGGAGGUCAGCUUUGGAGAUCGGAUCCCAGCCGAUAUUCGAAUCGUCGAAUCCAAGGGAUUUAAAGUGGAUAAUUCGUCGCUGACCGGUGAAGCGGAGCCACAAUCCCGAUCCCCGGAAUGUACCAACGAGAAUCCUCGAGAGACCAAGAACUUGGCGUUCUUCUCCACCAAUGCUGUGGAAGGUACGGCCGUCGGCAUUGUCGUCAAUGUGGGAGAUAAUACGGCAAUGGGGCGCAUUGCGGGAUUGGCCUCUGGAUUGGAGAGUGGAGAUACGCCUAUUGCUAAAGAGAUCGCUCAUUUUAUUCACUUGAUUACUGGCGUGGCUGUUUUCUUGGGAGUGACCUUCUUCCUCAUUGCGUUCAUCUUGGGAUACCAUUGGUUGGAUGCUGUCAUCUUUUUGAUUGGUAUUAUCGUGGCCAACGUGCCAGAGGGUCUUUUGGCCACUGUCACCGUGUGCUUGACUCUGACCGCCAAGCGAAUGGCCUCCAAGAAUUGCUUGGUCAAGAAUUUGGAAGCUGUGGAGACUCUUGGGUCGACUUCCACUAUCUGCUCUGACAAGACCGGAACACUCACCCAAAAUCGAAUGACUGUCGCCCACAUGUGGUUCAAUAAUCAGAUCACAGAGGCAGACACCACGGAAGAUCAGUCCGGUGCCACUUUCGAUAAGCAAGAUCUGGGAUGGAGGAAGCUGUUCCGCGUUUCUGCUCUUUGCAGUCGAGCCGAGUUCAAAUCUGGCCAAGAGAGCGUUUCAGUUUUAAAACGAGAAGUUAAUGGCGAUGCCUCUGAAGCUGCUUUGCUCAAAUGUUGUGAACUGGAUACCCCCAAUAUUGCUGGAUAUCGAUCCAACCGCAAGAAGGUCUGCGAGAUUCCGUUCAAUCCAACUAAUAAGUACCAAGUCUCGAUUCACGAUUGUUCCGCCGAGGAAGAUGACGUUGAUGAUUACCUUUUGGUGAUGAAAGGAGCUCCAGAACGAAUUUUGGAGAGGUGCUCUACCAUACUGAUCAAUGGCGAGGAGAGGGAGAUGUGCGACCAAUGGAAACUGGCCUUCAAUAAUGCUUACAUGGAACUGGGAGGGCUGGGUGAAAGAGUAUUAGGAUUUUGCGACUUGAAAUUAUCCCAGGAAGACUUUCCAAAAGGUUAUCCUUUCGAUUCUGAGAACGUCAAUUUCCCAUUGAAAGGCAUGAGAUUCGUUGGUUUGAUGUCGCUCAUUGACCCCCCAAGAGCCGCUGUUCCCGAUGCUGUCACCAAAUGUCGAUCUGCCGGGAUCAAAGUCAUCAUGGUAACGGGUGAUCAUCCCAUUACGGCCAAGGCCAUCGCCAAAUCGGUUGGCAUCAUUUCAGAGGGGACCGAGACUGUCGAGGAUAUUGCCGUUCGACUGGAUGUAAAUCUCAAAGAUGUGAACCCGCGAGAUGCUCGCGCUGCCGUGGUUCACGGCGAAGAACUGAUCGACAUUGCGGACCAACAAUUAGACGAAAUUUUGAUGUACCACAACGAGAUCGUAUUCGCCCGUACCUCUCCCCAACAGAAGCUAAUCAUUGUCGAGGGUUGUCAGAGAAUGGGAGCCAUUGUGGCUGUCACUGGCGAUGGUGUGAAUGACUCCCCCGCCUUAAAGAAGGCCGAUAUUGGUGUGGCCAUGGGUAUCGCCGGAUCCGAUGUAUCCAAGCAAGCCGCUGACAUGAUCUUGUUGGACGACAAAUUUGCCUCCAUCGUAACUGGCGUUGAAGAGGGUCGCUUGAUCUUUGACAACUUGAAGAAAUCCAUUGCCUACACUCUGACCUCGAACAUCCCCGAGAUUUCGCCGUUUUUAAUCUUCAUCUUGGCCGAUAUUCCCUUGCCGCUUGGAACUGUUACCAUCCUUUGUAUCGAUUUGGGAACCGACAUGUUACCCGCCAUCUCCAUGGCCUACGAAGAAGCUGAAUCCGAUAUCAUGAAGCGACAACCGCGCAAUCCAUUCACGGACAAAUUGGUCAACGAGCGAUUGAUCUCCAUGGCUUACGGACAAAUUGGCAUGAUCCAAGCUUCGGCUGGAUUCUUUGUUUACUUCGUAAUUAUGGCUGAAAAUGGCUUUUGGCCCUCCAAACUAUUGGGCAUUCGGAAGCAAUGGGACUCCCACGGCGUCAAUGAUCUUGGAGAUUCAUAUGGUCAAGAAUGGACUUACAAAGACCGCAAAAUCUUGGAAUUCACAUGUCAUACGGCGUUUUUCGUGUCCAUUGUUAUUGUCCAAUGGGCUGACCUAAUCAUAUGCAAAACUCGCAAGAAUUCAGUGUUCCAACAAGGGAUGAAAAAUCACAUGCUGAAUUUUGGUCUAUUCUUUGAAACGGCUUUGGCUGCCUUCUUAUGCUACACACCCGGAAUGGAUAAAGGCUUGAGGAUGUACCCUCUGAAAAUUAAUUGGUGGUUGCCUGCGAUUCCCUUUUCGAUUCUCAUCUUCGUCUACGACGAAAUCCGCAAAUACAUUUUGCGCCAAUAUCCCGGUAGUUGGCUGGAGCUGGAGACUUAUUACUAAAUAUGUUCAUGUGUUUACGAGAUAUGAGUUAAAUAUGAUUCGAUGUGAGUUUUGUAUGUGUGCUCUUGUAUCCACGUGUUGCUCUGUUUAAAAUUCUCCUUCUCAGGAGUCUGUCGAUAGAAAUUUGUUGAAAAUCUGUCAUCGGUCCAAUCAUCAUUGGCAAUAAAUGUGAUUUUCUUA